AUGGCACGAAUUGGCGACGGCGACAAAAGGUGGAUCGUUGAAGACCGCCCCGACGGCACCAACGUGCACAACUGGCACUGGGCCGAGACUGAUUGUCUCGAUUGGUCCCGAAAUUACCUUUCUAACCUUCUAUCUGGCAAGCCCAUUCUCUCCGGCGAUGGCAACCUCUACCUCCGCAUCAAAACCCUCCAAAAGCUCGAUGGCGAAGCCUACGUCAACGUCCGAAAGGGUAAAAUCAUCCCAGGCUAUGAGCUCAAUUUAAUCCUCACCUACGAGGCCGAGGCGAGGGAUUCGGAUGGCACUUCCGUCAUUUUAUCCACCGAGGGUUCUGUAGAAAUUCCCUAUAUAUCGGAUGAGAACGCGGGUGAAGACCCUGAGAUAAAGAUCACGAUCAAGGAUGAUGGCCCUAUUGGAAGGAGACUGAAAGACGCGUUUGUUGCAAAGGGGAAGCCUUUUGUGUUAGAGAAAGUUCGAGAAUAUGUGGAUGUCAUGGCGAAAGGCGGCCCUGCUAAGGAUGAAUUGGAGGUUAAGAAAGUUGGGGCGAAGAAACCAUCCUCUGCUGCUGCUGCGACUGCGACUGCGACUGCAACUGCGAGUAAUGUGAUGGAUGAUAAUACUGGGAAUAAUAAAGAUGUGAGUGUGAAGGAGAGCAAGAAGAAAGAGGAGAAGAGGAAGGAGGGUUUUAAGACGAUAAAAAUGAGCGAAAAGUUCAGUUGCAGAGCAAGGGAUUUAUAUGAGAUUUUGAUGGAUGAGAACCGGUGGAAGGGUUUCACCCAGAGCAAUGCGCAGAUAAGUAAGGAGGUUGGAGGGGAGUUCAGUAUUUUUGAUGGGUCAGUGACAGGAACAAAUGUGGAGCUGCAAGAGGGUGAGUUGAUUGUUCAGAACUGGCGUUUUGGGAGCUGGCCGGAUGGCAUUGUGUCCAAGGUGCGCCUUACCUUUGAGGAGCCUGAAUCUGGAGUCACAACCGUCAAGCUCAUACACACUGAUGUACCAGAAGAAGACAGAUAUGGAAACUCUACUGUGGUAGAAAAUACCGAGAGGGGAUGGCGUGAUCUUAUUUUCCAUAGAAUACGGGCAAUGUUUGGUUUUGGAAUUUGA